GUGUACGAUGGUUGUCAAAGUUGGGAGAUAGCUUUUAUUAUCCAAGCCUAUUGCUCCACGGACCUUGUUAAUGAGUUUGGUCCAACACUUAAAAAAGCCUAUGGGUUCUUGAAAAGUUCACAGGUUCUUGAUAACCACCCCGAUGGUGAAGCUUAUUACCGCCAUAGAUCGAAAGGUUCAUGGACACUUUCAACAGCAGAUAAUGGUUGGUCUGUAUCAGAUUGCACUGCAGAAGCACUUAAGGCAUUAUUGCUAUUGUCAAAUAUCUCUCCUAAUCUUGUGGGGGAUCCCAUAGAAGAAGAAAGGUUGUAUGAUGCAGUGGAUUGCUUACUUUCUUUCAAGCUCUUGUGUUCUCAUGCCAUAGGAGAUGAUGGUGUGGCAAUGAAUAUAGUACAACAGUGUGUCGUUGGGUCA